GAGAGGCAAGGGAGGUGCGCGCGUGCACGCGCCAACCGAGCGAGGCUCAACAGUUCCCUCGGGUUGGUGAGGAGGGGCGCGCGCGCGCACGAGGCCCCGCUCUCGACUGGCUUGGCGAGGGGAGCAGAGGCGGCCGCGCCUGCCUGCCUGGGAGCGUCUUGGCUGCCCGCGGGGCUUCGGCAUCGUCCCGCCUUGGCGGGGGUCGCGGGCGCGCGCGGUGCGGGGGGAAACUGAGGCAGAGCCAUUGAAGUGGGCUUCUGAGGAGGAAGGCGCCUGGCGGCUUUUUGUUUUGACGAGCGCCUUAGUUCGCCGCUGCCGUCCGAGCCUUGGAUAUUAUUAAGGCGCUCGCAGGAAACCGCCUCGGGCGCCUCCGUCUUUCCCCGAGGGGCUUUUCCCUCCCCAUCCCAGCCCCGGGGCCGCCGCUUUCUUCCUCUCCUGAGCCUGAAGACAAAGGAGAUUUCCCUUCCCUCGGUGUGUUUUUUUUGAAGAAGCCCCUUCGAGAUGGGCUGCACGCUGAGCGCCGAGGACAAGGCGGCGGUGGAGAGGAGCAAGAUGAUCGACAGGAACCUGAGGGAGGAUGGCGAGAAGGCGGCCCGCGAAGUCAAGCUGCUGCUCUUGGGAGCUGGUGAAUCAGGAAAAAGCACAAUUGUCAAACAAAUGAAGAUUAUCCAUGAAGCUGGUUAUUCAGAAGAAGAAUGUAAACAGUACAAAGCUGUUGUCUACAGUAAUACAAUUCAAUCCAUUAUUGCUAUCAUUAGAGCAAUGGGGAGGUUGAAGAUAGAUUUUGGGGAUUCUGCCAGAGCUGAUGAUGCUCGUCAACUCUUCGUUCUUGCUGGAUCAGCAGAGGAAGGCUUUAUGACAGCAGAACUUGCUGGAGUUAUCAAGAGACUGUGGAGAGACAGUGGCGUUCAAGCUUGUUUCAACAGAUCAAGAGAGUAUCAGCUUAAUGACUCAGCAGCAUACUACUUGAAUGACUUGGACAGGAUAGCCCAGACUAGCUAUAUUCCCGACCAGCAGGAUGUCCUCAGGACUAGAGUGAAAACCACAGGAAUAGUGGAAACUCAUUUUACUUUCAAGGAUCUCCAUUUUAAGAUGUUUGAUGUUGGGGGCCAAAGAUCAGAACGGAAAAAAUGGAUUCACUGCUUUGAGGGAGUAACAGCCAUAAUUUUUUGUGUUGCACUGAGUGAUUAUGAUUUGGUCCUUGCUGAAGAUGAGGAAAUGAAUAGGAUGCAUGAAAGCAUGAAAUUAUUUGACAGUAUCUGCAACAAUAAAUGGUUUACAGACACUUCCAUUAUCCUCUUCUUAAAUAAGAAGGAUCUUUUUGAAGAAAAAAUCAAAAGGAGUCCCCUCACUAUUUGCUACCCAGAAUAUCCAGGAUCAAAUACAUAUGAAGAGGCAGCUGCAUAUAUCCAGUGUCAAUUUGAGGACCUGAACAAAAGAAAAGACACAAAGGAAAUUUAUACUCACUUCACAUGUGCUACAGAUACUAAGAAUGUUCAGUUUGUCUUUGAUGCUGUAACUGAUGUUAUCAUAAAGAAUAACCUAAAAGACUGUGGUUUGUUCUAAACAUUUAUAUCAAAUUGUACCUUUUUUGCAUUAACCAAAUGAGUCACAACUUCAUUUUUUUAGACCAUAAAUAUGUUCAUGAGUGAUACUUAAGUCAUACUCAGACUAGACACUCUGAAAUUAUUGGACUUAAAUUUAUUGAUUUCAACAAAUCUACUCUGAGAAUGACUAACAUUGGCUACCACCCUAUGUUUUUGUUUAUGUAAUCUGAUUUUCCUGGUCUUGAUUAGGUUGAAGCAUAAAAUUCAAAUCUACAGGUUUAUGUGGUAACAUGAAAAAGCAUUGGCCAGACCAAUAUUGUACUAGCUUGUUUAAACAGUUUUAUUUAUGUUUGUUGUAUAGAUUUAAAUCGUGUUGAAUAACAAUCAACACACAAUGAUUGUCUGUUUAUGUGUGACUGUGUGUUGUUUAUGUAAACAUUGAACAAAUAUUUUAAUGCAUCCCGUAGAAUUUUCAUGUUUUAAGGAGUGCUUUUUCUGUAGGAGAAAAUGUUUUCUCUUUUAGAUUUUUCAUUAUUCAAACAAAACUUUUUUUAAAAAAACACCCAUAAACCCUUAAUUUUCCAUAUAAUACAUGUGACAUAGUUGUUCUUAGAUUUUAUUUAUGCCCCUGUAAUUAGCAUAGUAGGCUUUUUCUUGAUUAUAGGAUCCUUUACACUUGCUCAGGAUUAAAUAAGAAAUGCCCCAAUGGAUUUUCCUGAGUUAUUUUCUCCCAAACUUUUAGAGAACCACUUUUGAACAUUUCAGAUUUACAGCAAACAAGCCAUUCUCCCAUCUUGCAUACUUCUAUGCCAAAUGUUUUAACCGUUAGAGGAGAAUUCUUGCUGUGAUUCAGCAUGUAGAAUCACCAUCCUCAGAAAGUAGAUGCCCAAGACAUUCUAGAUUUCCUUCUGCCAUAGCUAAAUCCAUAGCAUUGAUUGUGUCUCCCUGGAUGGAAGCAUAUUUUUUUACUUGUUUUAUAUUUUAAUGGUUCCUUUUAGCUUGUGUGUCUCGUGAGACAUACUAAAAGAAAAGGUAUUUGAAUUAAAAUCAAGGAGUUGUGUUCAACCAAGUCUUACUCGGAGAAGACUCACUGAAUUGAAUGAACCUAAGAUAGUCAUGUUUAUUAACUUCACCGAGUGUACUCUGAGUAGAAUUUGCAGUGUAUACCAUUCAAGAGAUGGAAAUGAACAUUUCAAGCCUCAUGCAGUUUUACCAAUGUAAAUUUUCUUUGCCUUUUCUCAGGGGAAUGGCCGCCUACUUUUAAUGUGUGUUCCAUGAAAGCUUAAUGCCAACUUUUUUAAACACAAAAUAAUUUUUCAUUCAGAGCAGUGGGCACAUUAUCCAUUGUAAUUGAAAUACAUAUGCAAAUAGGGGUUUUGGCAUGCUUUCAGAAAGAAAAUAUUGUCCAACAAGUAUCAUUUGUGUCAUACAGUAACAUACAGAGUUACUGGGAUCCAUAGAGGCCCAUACACAGGUGCAAGGCACUUCCAUCCACACAAGGGGACAAGAUGUGGCAUCUUUUUCCUUCCCUUAUGGCAGCAGGUUCCUUAUUUGCAGGUGCUGUUUUUGAGGGCCUCCGACCUUCAGAGUUACAUUUGUGGAGCAAAGAGUGCUCCUGGUAGAAGGGAGAAGCUGGCAAGUCCCCAUGUAUGAGUGCACAGGGAGUGCACUGCACAGGGAGCUUUGAAUCCUUGCCUGUGUAGCUUCCAUGGAGGUUUCAUCAUCAUUUGCUUCUGCUCCCAAAGAGGCAAACCAUUAUGGCCUGCCUUUUUAGCAGUUAGAGCUGCUACGGGAGGAGUCUCAAAAACAGGCUCAACUUACUGUGUUGUGCCUUACUGAUAGCUAAAAGGUUACUUUGAAUUGCAGCUAUAUUUUACAUUGCUUUAUGCUACAAGGCUGAUUGUAAUGUCUAUACAGAUUUUUAAACACACAUAAACAUGAAAUAAGGAGCUUUGUAAAUAAACAUUGACUUGGCUUUCUCUAUCAUUCUGUCACCUAAAAUAUUGAUGUAGCCAAGUUGCAAAUAUAGUUUUCUUUUGGUAUGUUGGUAGAUUUCCCACAGAGAAUGUGUUCUUUGUUUCUGCCUAUUCCUCUCUCCCCUGUCCAAAUCAAACAAAACUCUGAACCUGGUCCUGUUUAGUGUUACGUUCGGAAGGGUUUAGUCCAAACAUAAGAUCUCUACUGUUUUCCAGUAUUGAUCUAAAUUGUCACCUUGCCAUCCAUGUUCCAUUCUGGGGAAUAUUUAAAUUAUUGGUGUAAAUCCCAUUUGCAUCCUGCCUUUCCUCUAAGAAACUCAGGGCAGUGUACAUGUGCUUGAAAGCACAAGUUUACUAGAGAAAACAAAAUGGCAGUGAAAUGGUGGAAAUGGACGGAACAAGUCUAAACAGACUUGAAGUAUUAGCAUCCAAAAAAGUGGUUUGUGUACUCCGACAGUUGUGCAUCAUCGUGCUUGAUUCAUUUAAUUCUGUCUCUGAAGUAUUUGGUAGUAAAUGUAUCUAUAUCCUUAAUAUUAGAUUUUGUACAUUACUGCAGUUUUUUAAAACAAGAUUAAACUACAAGAAAAGUUCAAUUUAAGUUAUUUGUGCCUUGUCAAAAGAAAUAUUUUUUCAUUGAGCACAACUAGUGAAAAGCCUUCUGUAACCAUAAGUGAAGUGCAAACAAAAUAAAAGUUUGAGUAAGUUCAAA